UUCAUACUAGACAGUACCUCUAGAUGCUCUAGCCGAGGUGCUCCUUGCUCCAGCCGUGAAUACAUCGUUAGCCACAGUCUUCACACUUUUCACUUUAAAAAGUGCACAUUAACACAGUCAAACUGGAGUGGUCUUAGUCAACAAUCUCUGAUUCCACGGACUUUUCGGACUAUCGCAAAGCUUUAACCCACGAGUGAGGACCUGCAAACUAAAAGAUGCAACAAGAAGAGAAAAAUGUCUCUAGUGCUGAGGCGGGCGAAUACGCCAAGAUGUUUCCAGCAAUGCCAACCACCAAGGCCAAGAGUCAUCAAAACUCUGGAUCCAUCCAAGGCAACGGGCACAUGAGAGUUGGUCCUAGAGAAAUAUCCAAGACUCUGGUUGUACCAUCUUCAGAUCGAAAGCUGGAUCAAAGUGAUAAGUUUGGUGAAGGUGAGAGAAAGCCAAAUGACAUUGCCAAAGACACCAAGACGAAAAUUGAAAUGUCUAUUUCUAAAGACCAUUCCUUGACUUUCGUCAUCUCUGGGACUCCUGCUAGUGUCAAUGAUGCUAUCCGCAAGAUCUUGAAACAAUACAAAACGCAGAAAACCAAAAGCAUUUCUGUGCCAAAAGAAUCCUAUCCCAUGAUAAUGGGGAAAAACGGCCAGCGCCUUAAGGACUUAGAGAAAGAAACUGAGACUAGAAUCACCAUCCCAGGCCACAAUGACAAAUCAGAUCAAAUCCUUGUUGUUGGUGCCGCUGAGAACAUUGAAUUAGCUUGUGCAGAAAUUUUGAAAAUCAGCGAAGAGCAGGCUAAAAAAGCUUCAGUGAAAGUCGAUAUUGACCGCAAGAAUCAUCCUCUCCUAUGCGGUGCUGAUAAUGAAUUCAUUGAGGCUUUGCAGAUGAAGAGAAGUGUUAAAAUCAGCGUGCCACCCGCUUCCAAGAUAAAGGCCGAAUCAAAAGAGGAUUACAAAGUCGUUACCUGGGUCAUCAAAGGUCAUCGAGAGGAUAUUCAAGCUGUUCAAAAGGAACUCUUGGCUCGCCAGGAAGAGUUGAAUAAAACGUGCAAAACAAUGAAGGUACAAGUACCAGUUGAGCAGCACCGUUACGUCGCCGGUCACAAGGAUAGCGGGCUCAAUGAGAUUCUUCGAGAAUGUAAAGUCUCCGUUGAAAUGCCCCAUGAAGGAGACACUGAUGGCAGUGUAACAUUGUACGGGCCCAGAGACAAUCUAACUAAAGCCAUUGAAAAAGUGCACAACAGAGCAAAAAGCAUGGUGUCAGCCAAAGUAAGCUGUCCUCAGUGGAUUUUCAAGUACAUAAGUGGACCAAAAAGCAACAAAUAUAUGGAUCCCAACCUUGAUUUGUCUCAGGUUCAUAUGAGUUACACGGAGGAUAACAACAAAUCUGGCUGGUUGAAAUUUGAAGGACCGACAACUCGAAUCUCAGAAGUCCAAGUUGCGUUGGAUGAAUUGGUGACCGAACUGCGGAACAACCUUUGCUACGAGGAGUUCCCUGUGGAUGCGAAAUAUUACAAGCACAUCAUCGGAAAAGGUGGUUGCAACAUCAACCGUGUUCAGGAAGAAUAUAGCGUUGAUAUCAAUAUCUCAGACUCUCACAUAAUCAGAAUUGAGGGAGAAAAACAAGGUGUUGAAGGCGCGAAGAAAGAUAUUGAAGGCAUGAUCUUCAAGAUCGAAAAUGAAGUUGAAGAAGAUAUGAUAAUAAGCGCCAAACUCCACAGAGAUUUGAUAGGAGUUCGCGGAGGGAGUAUCAGGGAGUUGAAGGAUAAAUUUCCGUCAGUCAUCAUUAAUAUUCCAUCGCAGACGGAGAACUCGGAUGUGGUGAAACUACGCGGUCCCAAGGAUGAUGUCAAGAAGUGCAGGAAAGCCCUCGCAGAUGCUGUCAAAGAAAUCGAGCGCAAGAACUAUUGCAAGGUGGUCACCAUCUUCAAAGACUUCCACAAAAACAUCAUCGGGAAAGGUGGUGCCACCAUCAAGAAGAUACGUGAAGACACAAAUACCAAAAUCGAUCUGCCUAAAGAGACAGAUAAGAGUGAUGAUAUUAUCAUCAGAGGUGUCAAGGAAGAUGUUGAACGAGCAGCUCAGCAAAUUUUAGCUAUCCAAAACGAAAUGGCAGCAUUUGCCACAGAAGAAGUACCUAUUCCAAAAAAAGUGCACACUCUACUGACAGGACCAAAAAAGAGGCUGGUGCAAGCAAUCAAAACGGAAUGUGGAAGUGUCACAAUAAAAUUCCCCCCAGCUGAGAGCAAAAGUGAUAUUGUUACGAUUCGCGGAUUGGACAAAGAGGAUGUGAAACGUGCCAGAGACAUGCUCAUGGAACUAGCUGCAGAAACAGAACAGGCCAGCUUCACAGCAGAAUUGAGAGUGAAGCCAGAACAUCAUAACUUCAUAAUCGGGCGCAAAGGCAUGAACGUGAAAAGGUUGAAAGAGCUUACCGGAGCAAAGAUCCUGUUCCCAGACAGGAAUGACGAAGAUCAGGACUUAAUUACAAUCAUGGGAACGGAGGAACAAGUGGCGAAAGCAAAGAAGGAGUUGGAAGUAACAAUUAAAAAUAUUGACAGCAUAGUAGAAGACUCCAUUCAAAUUGACACCAAACAUCAUAGGCAUUUCACCCGAAGGAUAAUCGAACAGAUUCAAGACGAGUGCGGAAAUAUUAAGAUAACUUUUCCUCGCAACGAAGAAUCAUCAACCAUCCUGAUUAAAGGGCCAAAAGACGGCGUGGAAAUGGUCAAACAGAGGCUCCAAGAAGAAGUCCAAGACUUGGAAGAAAGAAUCACAAUUGAGUUUACGAUACCUCAUGAUGUCAUUAGAAAAGAAAGGCUACCAGAUAUUCAGCGUGAUCAUAAUGUAACGAUAAAAGUACUCAACUUUUUAUCAGUUGCCGACGAUGGUGUGCCCCAUGGUGAAGGUCAAGUGAACGGUGAUGUGCACAACGAAUCUCAAGACAGCUGUGAUACUAUCUCCAUCUGGGGUCGACCGGAGAAUUGUGAACUGGCCAAGCAAGCCGUUCUUGACCUCAUCCCGAUCGAGAAAGAGCUCAAUGUGCCAUUUGAAUACCAUAGCUCGAUCAUUGGGAAGGCAGGAAAGAACAUCAACCAGAUUAGAGUCGAGUGUGGGAAUGUCCGAAUUGAAGUGCCUAAAGCUGACCUCAGGUCAAACAUAAUUAAAAUCCGAGGCCGCCGCUCAACGGUUGAGCAGGCUGUUGGAUUAAUCGAGGAACAAGUAGCUAAUUUGAUAGCGGAAAAGGAAAAGAAAGUUGCCAAAUCCUUCUCCAUGACUUUAGACAUCGACCCAGACUAUCACUCCAUUAUCAUCGGUAGAAACGGGUCAAAAAUAAAUGAAAUCAGACAAAAAUAUGACACGCAGAUCAGCUUCCCUCGUAAAGGCGAACAUGAAAGCCACAUCACAAUUGUUGGGUUCGAAGACCAGUGCAAGGCAGCAGCUGAAGAAAUUCAACAUAUUGUUGAUGACUUGAAAAACCUAGAAUGUGAAGAGCUGGAUGUUGAUGAGAGGAUCAUUGCCCGACUGAUAGGUGCUAAAGGUCGAAACCUGAGUCGAAUUCAAAAUGAUUAUAAGGUGACAAUAUUAUCGGUAAAGCGCGAUGGCUCCAAUAAAUUGAUUGUCUAUGGCGACAAUCCUGAUAAUGUUGAGGAUGCAAUUGAAGAGUUGAGGAGUAAACAGGAUGAUUAUCUGGAAGAUGUUGCGCAUGAUGUUCGAAGUUCUAGUUCACAUAUGAAUAAUUCCAACCCAAACCCAAGUAGGGGUGACAGCAGCGGAUUUGUUGUAAAAGGGGCUCCUUGGGACAAAGACAAGAGCCAAAAGACACCCGAAUUAGAUAGUCAAAGGGACUUUCCCUCAAUGGGGAAAGAUACCGCAAGUGUGCCUUCAGGAGGAGCUUGGGUUCAGCGUUGAGUCUGAACCGUCUCAUGAUCCUCUAAUUCAAUAUCAAUAGUUGUGCUAAAAAAUGAAUUUUUUUCUACAUUGUCAUCCAAAAAUUAUUUUAUCAUGUUGUGCAUGAAGUUGGUCUCCAGGAGUUGAGCUUGUACGAUUGGAGUUCUUUCAUGAAGACUCCCAAGUCGGCGAAUCUUUUUCAAAAAAUUUUAUUGAUGCAGAACUCUUGCCCCUCCAAUCCUGUAAGUUUCACUUAAAAUUUUGCUCUUGAUACACGCAUCACUGUAAAAAUACCGGAAAAUCAAGUAUUUUUAUUGUUUUUCCCAAUCAGUGAAGAUUACUUCAUGGGUUAAAUCUGCCUCUGAUGAUUAAUUACAAAACUGGAUUCGUUUAUUUUCUUUUUUCUUUUUUUACUUCGAAAACAGAUGAGAAUUAUUUCUCCUCUUCCGUUUUCUUCAUGCCAUGAAGGCAGUAGCCUUAGUUCCCCUGACUUUGUUGCAAUGUAUAGGUAUGCUGCUUUUAUACUCGAAUGCUUUGAAAUUGCUCAAUGAAUCAAGCGUAAAUGAAUGAUUCUUCUUUUGUAGGUUGCAAGAACCCUUUGUGCUUUUAGUAGAAGAUUCAAAUUAUAUUUGGGUCAACCCCCCGUACUUUUUUUUAUAUUUUUUCUAUCUCUGAUUGAUACCUCUCCUCGGUCCACCGACUGGUGUAAUCAACGUUUAACCACUCUGCAAGAGCUAAGAAUUUCAUUUUUUAAAUCCAAAAUUUUCACCUGAACAUUGUAGCAUUGACUGAUUGUUGUUUUAUAUUCAUCCUUUUAUUUUUCCUUUAAUUUUCGAAUUUUUUGUUUUUGUUUUGUCUCUCUGUUUCUUCCUUUCUUUCUCUCUCUUGCUGUUUAUUUGUUAUAAUUUUUUUGUGAAACUUUGAAAAUGUAACACCAUCAGUCUGCAGUCUUUCUCAUGAAAUAAGAACAGGCGCUGAUGGUGGAAUGUUUUCAACUUACAUCUUUGAUGAUAGUUUUUGUGUAUCAUUUUAUUGUAGGGUUAGAUGGAAGAAGAUAAAAGAAAAUUAUGUACAUAAUACCGGACAACUCAUUUAGUACUUUAAAAACCAAAAAAAACCAAAAAACAAAAACACAAACAAAAAAAAAACCAAGAACAUCAACCUAGAGAAAGAUAAAAUCAUAUCUUUUUAGAGUACAAUCAAUUUUAGCAAUAUCAAUUAUUUUCUUUCUUGUUCUUCUCAGUUCUAAAAUAAGCCAUAGGAUUUUGCAAAAAAUAGAACAUUCACUCAAACCGAAUUAAACUUUAUUGGAAGGGUUGAAAAGUUCCCCUUUCUAUAUUGUUUUUUUUUACCAAAAACCAUUGUUUUGUUUUGUUAGUGGUUGGAGUUUACAUAUUGUCUCUUUCUCUUUCUUAAAAGGAAAUAAAAUUAGCAUGUUAUGGUUUGUUUUUAAUUUUAUCAAAGAACUGCUAAUCAUUAUUGUGUGUAACAAAAGCGUUCAUUGUGUUUGUCACACUUUGUCCCUCCAGGGAAGAAGUCAGCAGAAUUGCUCAAAUUUGAUCGCCGGUUGUGGUGAUUGCUUCCCGAUAGUGGCUGAUUUUUUCAGUGGAAUCUUAGUUGGGGUAGCUAAUUGCAUGGUUCUCAUUGUAAAUUGUUUCAAUCAAUGCUUCCAGGAAUCAAUUGCAUGGUCUUUUUUCAAAGUAGAUAUGAUAAUUUUAACUUCUCUGGUCUACUUUCAUCUUUUCUCACUAACAAGAAGAAAGGAAUGGGGGACAAGCAGUCUUUUUUAUUACUUAUUUACCUUCCCUGAUUAAUUCACUUUAAUUUUUAAUUAACAAUUCUCCUCUCUCUUUUUGCACAUAGAAAAUUCCAGUUGAAACGUUUUUUUCAAUGGGCGAAAGAUGUUUCUGUCUGUCAGCUUUGAUUUACUCAUUUUGAAUAAUUGCAAUUUUCAAUCCAACGUUGCAAAUCAGGUCAGAGGUGACAAGGAUGUGGUUAGUGAAAAUUGUCAACCCAACAUUUUGUAUCAGGAAAGCAUCUCAGACCGCUGUACCUUGCUGCAUAUGUUAUAACUAGUGUAACAAAUGAAGAACCCUCAAAAUUCCUGUGCAAAACUGGAAUACAAAGAGGCUGAAAGUUGAGCCAAGAGUGUACGAUAAAAUCCAAAUUCAGAGGGAAUAAUUCUAAAAAUAAAUUCUAAAAAGUAAUUUGAUCAGAGAUCACCUUUGUUUUUCUCUAAUUGAAUAUCAGCAAAUACUCUCGCUUCUACUUAUGUGGUAGAAUUGAAUUAGUUGACGAAAUUUAAUCAACAUGCUGGAGUCUAAACAGGCAGUAAACUGUGAUUGCUGUCCAAUUUUGGCUUGUAUGGUUUUGGUCAUUUUCAGAAUUUACUUUCUUUGAUAUUUCAAAACUUCAUGGAGAUUGAGUCAGGAUAAGUUAAUUUUUCAACUUUAAGCUGUCACAAGGAUCUCCAUGAGGUUAUUUAAACUGUCACGCUGAGUUAUGGUAGUGAAAGAUUAUUUUAAAUAAAUUAUCAGUCUGUAAGUUGCACCCUUUCAGCAAAAAAUCUAGCAGCGUUACCACACCAUUAACAUACUAUGAUAUGGUUUGAAUGGGACUCUAUUUCCUCUUAUCAAUAUCAUCAUGCCGUCUUGUUCUCUUUUCAGUUAUCACCCAAGAACUUCCCAUCUUCUGGAUAAAAUAUAAUCGUAAAACAAUCAUAAGCUUCAUGACUUGGAAGAAUUUUUUUUUUUUUCAUUUAAAAAAAUUAAGGCAAUUUAUAUUUUGUAGUGAUGAAUUUUGCAAGUCAAGUAUGAAAGAAUUACGAAAACGUGAAGUUUAAUCAAAGUUCGGAUGAUUAUGACCCUACAUCUUCCAGUGCACUCUAGUACAACUGUGUCGUAAUAGAAUAUUUAUGUAUAGAAAAUUAUAGAAAUGUUGAUUUUAAUGUAUGAACUCUGAGCACCCCUUAAUUUUUAUUCAGAAACUGAACUCGAAACUUUAAGUGUUCUCUAAUAACUGAGAAAUUAGGGGAGUUUAAUUUAACUGGGAACCCUCUCUGAUGUUGGAAGCUGUUUUUAGUACAAUGAGGCAAAAAUUAAAAAUUUUGCUAGUCAAAAUCAGUUUGAUUCGUGCACACCUCAGAGAGCUUGCUUCAAAAUCGACAUUUUUCAAACCUGUUUCCCCUCCCAGCACUCCAUCAGACUUGGUCUGUUGAUCACUCAUACUUGAGCCUUCUUUCCCUAACUGAUCAGAAUCUCAAAAGAUUUUGGGGGAUGCUGCGAAAUGGAGAGGGGUCAAAGUUGGAACUUUCAUGCUUCAAUAACUCAACCACUUUGAGUUUCUAAUUUGUGACAUCCAGAUAUUUUUUUCAUUAGUCCCAUGCCAUCAUGAUUUUGCUGUACCUGUUACCCUCAGUUUUCAGAUUGUUACUCUGAACAAGAUCAAUGGUCACAACUUCAUUACACGAUUCGUAAAUGAAUCAUUCCUCCCUUUUUGAGGCUUUAUGUCUUUAUCAAGAUAUACUAGUCAUAUAACUUAAUUUUGCACAGUCUUCAAAUCCGGAUUGUAAUUCUGACCAAGUUUUUGAAGAUCAUAGAUUGAAACUACUUUUUCCUCAUACUCUAAAAUUCUUGAAGUGCUGACAGUUACAGAAUAAUUCUCGAAAAGCAGUCUCAGCUAUUUUUUUUUUGUGGCAUCUUCUCACUGUAAUUCUCUUCGUUGUCUCUGUAAAUACUAAGCAAAUUGGAGCACUGAAAUCUAAAAGCAGCUCUGUUGGAACCAAAGGUAAAUCUACCCUAAUUUUGGUUAGAUUUAACAGUAGGGAACCAACCCAUAAUUUUGCUAGGUUCGAUAUUAAGUGGAAAACUGCUCAUUACAUCCUACCAAACACAAUUUGUCUCUAAUAAGGUAUUUCUACCUCUUGUAAACAAAUGAGUUGUAGUAAAUUUUUACCGUGUUGCACAAUACAUGGUGAAGAAGCGACCAAAAUAAUUUAUGAACUUAGAAUUUUUUGUCACUUCCUGUGAACUAUGGAAGGUUUUUCUUAAGACUUUCAAUGAUUACAGACUUUUCAAAGAAUUGAGUCAUGAGAGAAAAAUGUGUAGAUCCAGAGCUGAAGUUUAAUUUGAUCCUCGGUGAAUAUCUUUAAGUACCCAUUUUAUGUGCCAUAAAGACCUUCCAAGCUUUCAAACAUGAAAGCUACAAAAGUGUGACCCCUCAAAGCCAGUUUGAUGCAAGUUGAUUCCUCCAUUUAAACGGACAAAAUUAGCGGAAAAGUACCAAGUGGAUGAGCACAUUCGUGGUAUCACCAAUUUAUUUAGAGAAAUCAACAUCAGACGUGUCAUUUCUUGUCCAAGCCCUAAAAAUCAGCUCCUUUCUGCUAAGCUAGCUCUUGGUCCAUUCAAGUGAUGAAAGACUGAAUGACCAUCAAGUCUGUUUUAAUCACGUAUUUUUUCUGUAUUUUCCCUGUUUAAAACCGACCAGUUUCAUCUGAAAAUCUGAUGGUCAUUUUAGUUUGUAUUCAGUGUCGCCAGUCAUCAGGAAAAAUUAGAUCACCUCCCACCUUCGUUUAUUUUUGUCCGCCUUAGAAUUAAGUUUGAUUGUCUUAAUUUUAAGCACCUGAUAGUAACUCAGCGCUUUAUUGAAGUGUGUAGUUUUGAAAAACAAAAUGUUUACCUUUUACUAUUUAAAGAUUGAUCUCCAAAGAUCGUCGAAUUGAAAAGUAAAAAUUGCAUUAUAGAAUGAAAA